CGGUAUGUCACGUGACUCGCCGUUUGUAAACAUUACCAGGAGGCGGCUGUUUACAAACACACCGUGACUUUGCGUCUGUCUGAUCUGACGUUGUUAAUUCCACGCGGAGAGAAAAAAAAAGACAUGAUGGAAAUUGAGAAUUCAUAUCCAUAUUUCUUUGGAGAUAUUGGCUGCUGGUCAGAGAGAACCGAGGUGCACAAGGCAGCGUGCCAAGGUGAGACCACCCAGCUGAAGCACCUCAUCCAAAGCGGAGCUUCGGUCAAUGUCGUGGCAGUGGACUCCAUCACACCGCUACACGAGGCGUGCCUCCGCGGACAGACCCAGUGUGUCCGGCUGCUGCUGGAAGCUGGAGCUCAGGUGGAUGCAAGGAAUGUUGACGGCAGCACCCCGCUGUGUGAUGCCUGUUCAGCUGGUAGUUUGGAGUGUGUCAGACUCUUGCUGGAUCAUGGCGCCAAGGCCAACCCUGCCCUCACCUCCCGCACGGCAUCGCCCCUCCACGAGGCCUGCAUGGGAGGAAACUCAGACUGUGUGAAGCUCCUUAUUGCCACAGGCGCUUGUCUGGAGGCGUACGACCUUUACUACGGGACCCCGCUGCAUGUGGCCUGUGCUAAUGAACACAUAGAAUGUGUGAAAGAGCUGCUCAAUGCAGGUGCUAAAGUGAAUGCUGCCAGGCUACACGAGAUUCCGCUACAUCAUGCUGCUAAAAACAAGCGAGUUGAGAUAGUGGAAUUACUGUUGGAGUUCGGGGCCAAUGUCUACGCCAGAGAUCAGCACAACAGGAAGCCCAUCGAUUACACCACGCCAGGCUCUCCCUCUGCAACCUGCCUACAGCUUUAUGAGAGUAAGUUAUUCACAAAAGUCAGGGUUGAGUGGAAAACAAACAUGUAG